AUGCCUGAGGUAGCAGAAGUGGCCCAUGUUUGCGCUUUAUUGAAGAGGAAUGUUCUAGGAUUUAAAAUCAAAAAGGUCAAUCUAUCUUUGGACCCCUUGUUAUUUCCUGUACUUAAAGAAUCAACAGACCCCAAUGCAGAGCUCGAAAUGAUGAGAUCCAAACUCGUGGGCUCACGCAUUGACUCAGUAGGACGGCACGGAAAAUAUUUUUGGCUCAGGUUGACAAAAGAAGGAGUGCCGAAACUGAGCGUGUUACUUAUGCAUUUCGGAAUGACUGGGAUGAUCAAGAUAAGGAAUGUGAAAUCGCAUUUGGUAUUUAUGGAAAAUGGCGGAGACAAGAAGAUCUUGAGGGAGCUAAGUGAGCCCAAAAAGGAGGGUGUCAUGAAAGUGGAGCCAGAUACAGAAUGGCCUCCAAGAUUUUCCAAAUUUGAAAUGGAUUUGGUAAUUGAUGAUUUCAAAUUAGAACUUUCAUUUGUUGAUCCAAGAAGACUUGGAAGAGUACGACUUAUCACAGAUAGGAAAGCGGAAACGGACGAAGGGCUUCUUCAAUUGCCUCCAUUGGAUGCGUUGGGCCCUGAUUACAGCAAAUCCGAAGUAGAAACGAAAGUGUCCGAUUUUGUCUUCGGAGAUCCCGACCCUCACCAUCAUGGAAGGCCAAGAUUGGACUUACGUGGAUUCAAUGAACUCAUUUUAUCUAAAAAGAAAGCCAUCAAAAGUUUACUUCUAGAUCAAGCAUACUUUGCUGGAGUUGGUAACUGGGUAGGUGAUGAGGUACUAUUCCAUGCCAAAUUGCACCCAAACGAAAUCAUAUCGAGUAAGAUUGAGCGAAAUUCGGGAAAUAUCAACCCUGUUAUUGAACGAUUGUAUGAAUCUUUGAUUUAUGUAUGUGAGGAAGCAGUUAAAUGUGAAGGUGACUCCAAAAAGUUCCCCUCACAUUGGUUGAUGUUGCAUAGAUGGGGAAAGGCUAGAAAGAGUCAAGGCAAAGCCAAGACUAAGGAGGGAUUUAUUUUGGACCAUAUUACAGUUGGAGGAAGAACCAGCUGUUUUGCUCCAGAAGUGCAACGACUAUUGAAGAAGGAGCUUGAAGGUGAUGGAAAGGAUUAUAAUCCAAAGACAAAGGGAAAAAGAAAGCAGGAGGAGGAGUCAGAGAAACUGGUAAAACGUAAAGGGAGGGGGAGGGUCUGA